AUGACCAAUCCAGUAGAUAUUAUUACUAUCAAUACCAUUCGUACUCUUGCUGCUGAUGUCGUGCGUAAAGCCAGCUCUGGACAUCCAGGAGCACCUAUGGGGUGUGCUCCAAUGGCACAUAUUCUUUUUUCAAGGUUCAUUACCGCUAACCCAGAAAAUCCAAAAUGGCCUAAUCGAGAUCGUUUCGUGUUAUCUAAUGGACAUGCAUGCGCUUUGCAAUACAUUUUACUUCAUAUACUCGGAUAUGAUCUCACCAUGGAUGACUUGAAAAAUUUUCGUCAAACUGAUAGCAAAACUCCUGGACAUCCAGAGUCUCAUAUUACUCAGGGUAUAGAAGUAUCUACUGGUCCUCUUGGUCAAGGCUUUUCCAAUGCCGUUGGAUUGGCCAUGGCUCAGGUUCAUUGUGCUGCCACCUUUAAUAAACCAUGCUAUGACUUAUUCACAAAUCAUACUUAUGUGAUUUGUGGUGACGGUUGUCUUCAAGAAGGCGUUGCCUCCGAGGCGGCAUCACUUGCUGGCCAUCUUAAGCUCGGUAAUUUAAUUGUCCUUUAUGAUGACAAUUAUGUGACCAUUGAUGGUCACACUAACCUGAGCUUUACUGAAGAUGUUUUAAAACGUUUUGAGGCUUAUGGUUGGCAUACACAAUAUUUUCCUAAUGGUGAUGAUGAUUUAGAUGGUAUUGCUGAAGCUAUUGAACGAGCAAGAAAAGUAACUGAUAAACCAUCUAUCAUCAAAAUUAAGACCACAAUCGGUAUUGGGUCUAAAAAUCAAGGCACUGAAAAGGUUCAUGGUAGUGCCUUGCCACAUGAUGAUAUUGUAGAAAUCAAAAAAAAAUUUGGCUUCGAUCCAGAAAAAUUUUUCCAUGUACCAGAUGAGGUUUAUGAAUAUGGUAAACGUUUUCGUGAAAGGGGUGCUAAAGCAGAAGCAGAGUGGAAUCAACUUUUGGAAAAGUAUUGUUCAGAAUAUCAUGAAUUGGGUGCGGAAAUAAAACGUAGGUUCUCCAGUAAAUUACCGGCCAAUUGGGAAAACCAUUUACCUCGCUAUACCCCAUCCGAUCCUGCCCUUGCUACCAGAAAAUUAUCCGAAAAUGUUUUGAAUAAGAUCUGCGAUAUACUUCCAGAACUCAUUGGUGGCUCUGCAGAUCUAACAGGUUCUAACUUAACAAGGUGGAAGACUGCCACCGAAUUUCAAGCUGAUUCUACAGGAUUGGGUACAUAUAGUGGACGAUAUGUCAGAUAUGGGGUUCGUGAACAUGCUAUGUCUGCUGCUAUGAAUGGUCUUGCUGCCUACGGUG